AUGCAGCUGAAAACCCUCUUCCUUGGCCUCGGCUGGCUAUCUGUCGGCUGGGCACAGCUUGCAGAUACCACCGAUUACCCCAUCGGUCCGUUGACUUCCUCGAGUACGAAAUGGGCUAAAAAGGUCUGUGACAUCACAGAUUAUGGUGCUGUUGCAGAUGGUGCGACAGAUUCUGGGCCUGCGAUCCUCGCGGCCUUCGAUGCUUGCUCUUCCGGGGGUGUAGUGAAUAUUCCAUCGGGAACUUUCGCAUUGGCAACUUGGGUGACUUUGAAUGGCGGCAGUGCAUGGGCUAUCAAUUUGGAGGGAAUCAUUGUUCGCACAGGUACUGCAGGGGGUAACAUGAUUUACAUUGAGCACAGCACGGAUUUCGAGAUUUACUCUUCUCGUGGUGAGGGUGCUAUGCAAGGAUAUGGAUAUCAAUUCCAUGAACAAGGAGAAUACGGACCGCGCCUGUUGCGUCUUUAUGAUGUGACUAACUUUGCCAUCCAUGAUAUCGCUCUGGUUGAUUCCCCGGCUUUCCAUUUGACGCUCGACACUUGCAACCAGGGUGAAGUAUACAACCUAAUCAUUCGUGGCGGAAACGAGGGCGGUUUGGAUGGCAUUGACUUAUGGGGAUUCGAUAUCUGGGUUCACGAUGUUGAGGUAACAAAUAAGGAUGAGUGUGUGACUGUUAAGAGUCCAGCGAACCAUAUUCUCGUGGAGAACGUUUAUUGCAACUGGUCUGGGGGUUGUGCAAUGGGCUCUUUAGGCGUUGAUACCGAUAUCUCAAAGGUUGUAUACCAAAAUAUUUACACGGUUAAUUCAAAUCAGAUGUUUAUGUUCAAGAGCAAUGGAGGCAAUGGAACAGUCACCGAUGUCACCCUUGAAAACUUCAUUGGUCAUGAGAAUGCGUAUUCUCUCUACAUUGACGCCUACUGGUCCUCCGAAACCCUAGCGGCCGGAGAUGGCGUCUUGUACAACUCUAUCACCUUCAAAGACUGGACCGGAACAUGCCUGAACGGAGCUCAGCGGCCGCCAUUGUAUGUUUUGUGUCCUUCAACUCAGCCAUGCACCAAUAUUAUCAUUGAAGACUUUGCGAUGUGGACCGAGUCCGGAAGUACUGAGUACUAUAAAUGCGCGGAUGCCUGGGGCUCAGGAUAUUGCUUAAAGGCAGGAUCAGCGCAUACUGAGUACGGAACAGUGACGUCGACUCUGACUUCUGCACCAUCGGGCUACACAGCUACGACCAUGCCGGGUCAAUUGACUGCGGGGCUGGGACUCACUACAUCUAUUGCAAUUCCCACUGUCCCCAACACGUUCUUUCCGGGAGCUACACCGGCCACGGCCCGAGUGUACGGUAGCUAG